AUGUACAACUGCCCAGAUUGCAAAAGAUCAUUCUCGAACAGCAGCAACCUGGCCAAACACCAGCUGCUGUGCCGUGGCCGGAAGCCGCACGUGUGCUCGGGAUGCGGCAAGUGCUUCGCCAGCGCCUCCUACCUCGUCAUCCAUGAGCGCAUCCACACAGGCGAGCGGCCGUUCGCCUGCUCCCAUUGCGGGAAGAGCUUUUCGCGGAAGCCAGACCUGGUCAGACACGAGCGUAUACAUACCGGCGAAAGACCAUUUGCGUGCCCGGACUGUGGUAAACGCUUCACCAGCGUGUCCAAUAUUUUCAUGCACAGGCGCAUCCACACGGGCGUCAAACCUUUUCCCUGCUCACAGUGCGGAAAGAGGUUUAUCAAGAAGUCGGACUUGGUCCGCCACGAGAAGAUCCACUUGCCGCAGAGACCCCUGCCUUGUCCGGAGUGCGGUCAACUUUUUGGAUCCAAUCACAUCCUGAAUAAGCAUAUGCUGAGCCAUGCCGGGAGGAUGCAGCUUUUGGCAAUACCAUGCGCGAUGUAA